GAAUCGAGAAUAAGGAAAUAAAAGCAAACGUUCCAGAAAUUUCGCCAGACGCACAAGCUAAGAGGCUGGAAGCCGAACGCCUUAUGAUAGAAGCAGAGAUAUGUUUGCUCCAGAGGAAACAAGCCCUGGAAGAACUGCGCAAGGGGAGCGUGGACGAAUUGGCCAACUUCAAGGAGAUUAUGCAGAUUAUGGAACCGAAUGCAGGAAAAGUAAACAGCGCUCAUGCUUGGAUCGAAGAUUUUGAGCUGAACUGCAAGGGGACGGAUGCGUUUAAGCUCAGGUGCGUGCGACGCUUAAUGAAGGCGGACACGGACGCAGAAUCGUUUCUGAAAGUAAACAAGGCUACGUCGUAUGCUGCCUUUAAGAAAGAUUUCCUGGACACAUUCGGCAGGAUUUCCUCAAUGGUAGAGGUAAUAAACACGCUCAAAUCUACGUUUUAUUGCCCGGGAAAGAUGUCAGUUAUAGGUUAUGUGCUGCAAAUGCAAGAAAUCGCGCAACGAGCUCCGAUCGACGAAGAACAAGCCGUCCAGUUCGUGAUCGACGGGCUAAAGGAUGAUUCCGCUGACAUUGCUAUAUUCUAUCCGGCCAAAACUAUUGGCGAACUUGUGAAGCUGUCACACCGUUACGAAGAGAUGCGUAAAAAACGUUGGAGCGCAUCGGGACUCUUGGGACAGAAGAGCAUUCCGGACAAUAGUGGAGGUACUGUACGUUGUUACAAUUGUUCGGGCGUGGGACACAUCGCCAAGGAGUGUACAGAGCCCAAGAGGAUGAAGGGCUCCUGUUUCCGUUGCGGAUCCAUGGGCCAUUCUAUCAAGAACUGCAAGGCCCCACCACCUUCAGGGAAUACAGCGGUGGCAUUAUCGGAUCAAUUCCGACAGGAAGAAACUACCAAGGAGUUAGACGAUAACGAAGUGGCAGUAAUAAACACGCGCAAUUAGUUUAAUACGUCACUCCGCAUUACCACUUCAAUUAAGAGAAAACAGUUUGAAGGAAACGAACUUUAAAGGAUUAGGAAGUUUUCG